AUGAAGAUAGAGGAUACUGAGGCAGUACAGAUUGUGGAAAAGACUCUAAAGCGUGUGGAGGAGUUCCUGGAUGGAGGGGACGAGAACGUGAUGAAAGAGAGUCCGGAUGGAAUUUGGGUUCCUCCUGCAAUCGAGCGAGUUGAAGAGUUCCAGGAUUUCCUCUGGAAGCUCCGGAAUGGAAUCUGGGUGAGGAACACGGCUAUUCCCUACUGGUCCGAUGACUUGGAUGAGUACUUCUUUGAUGAUGCCUACAGCGGCAAGACUUACUGUACCUUCCCCAACGAAAACAUGGCAGUUACACAAGAUCAAACUAUCCCCACCACGGUCACGUUGUACCCAAAUAGCUUCACAACCACCAAAUACGUCGAUCACCUUGGAUCCAAAAUACCCGAACGAGGCACGUUACUCGAGGAUAUUCUUCCGCGAAGUGCAACUCUCUAUCAUGAGCUAUUCCAUCUCACGCUCUCGAACUCGAAUACCCCUGAUGUCACGUACAGUUGGAAAGAGCAGCAAAGAUUGCUUGAGCCGCCAUCCAACACAAAGAAACCUAAAAGUCUUCGAUGA